AAGAAACAGAAAGAAAAUGCAUAUAUCGAGUUGCAUAAAGUUAAUUUUCUGCAUCACUUCGUACUUUGCAGUAAAAAGUGCUACUCAAAACAUUUACCGUUUCAGUGAUUCGCAGACUUUAAAUAACAUAAAGGUGGCUUGGAUAAGCUUUGUAAAGUAUACAGAACGGUAUUUUAAUGGAACCUCAUUUUUUAAGCAAAUGGUGGCAAGUGUUGGAGUUUGUCAGAGAUUGUGCAUUAUCAAUGAAACUUGCAAAGCUUUUAAUUUGCUACCAAUCGGCAAAGACCUGCAAUGUCAAUUAUUCAACAAGUCAUUGUACGGCAGUUCAUGCAGCUUGGAAAGGCAUAUGACUUCAAUCUAUUACACGAUAUCUAACCCUUGUACCAGCAUUUAUAACUUGUGUUCAGACCACCAAGAAUGUAUUCCUGACGAGGACAUGACAAGUUACAGCUGUAAAAACAAAACUGGUCUGCAACUGCCACACUUUUGUCCAACAAACAUAAACAGUUCUUGGUUUGUUCAUCAGGCGGCAAUUCCAACUCCAUUUUGUCACGUAUGUGACGCAAACAAGCUCCCUGGCUCGUUUGUGAUUUUACAUAUGAUUAGAGGAGAAAAUUUUCAGCGAAACUGGCAAGAUUACAAACAUGGAUUUGGUGGCAACUCCUUUUACGUUGGACAUGAAUUAGUUUAUAAACUUACUGCAAAAUAUCCUUGUGAGUUACAUGUAAAAAUGUCAGGUCCGGAAGGUGAUUAUGAGUUUUUCUAUAAAAGUUUUUCGAUUGGCAAUGAAGGCGAAAAUUACAAAUUAAAAAUCGAAGGAUUUAAUCUAGUUUCAGGAGAGGGUUUAACUGACGAAUUCUCGAAAAGUGACGGGAAAACAUUUAGCACAUACGACUAUGGUGGUUCAAAGUCGAAAGCUCAAGAUCAUGGUGCAGCACUUUGGUAUCACUUUCAGCUUCAAUGUAACCCUUUUUCUGGGUAUUGGUUCCCUAUAACUGGUACAGAGAAGUCCAGAUACUUUACCAACGUAGUAUUCAAGUUAAAAAAGAAGGUUUAAACUGCCCACUUCGAAAUGUCACUAAUUACAUUCCAGGAGAUUAAGGUCCACCAAACUCUUUCACCUGCAACAAGCGCAAAUCUACCUAUUCAAGGAGCUACUUCACUUCGUUAUUUUAAAAGAAUCAAUUUUUCUUACAUUAAAACUAAAUGAAAAUUUAAGAAUUUAACUAAAGUAGUGAUAGUUUUCCACUUUACAUCAUUAGUAAGAUUUUAUACAAUCUAAUUUAGCGUUAGUUACAAUAGAAGAAUUUCAUAGCACAGUCUUCGAUUUCAGAGUCUAACGUUUUCUUAAUGUCAUUUUCGUUUUCCGACAAAAUCAAUUAAUUUCACGUAUUGGUAAAUUAUAUUUAAGGUCCUUAUUGUUAUUGUUCUAACACCAAGGGGUGGCAACUGACAACUAUGACAGUUGUACUGGGUGGCAAAAUAGACCAAACACACCAUGAAGUAAAUUAUUAUAGUUUUUAAGAAACUGGUGUUUAAAAAAAAGGUUAAGUUUUUGGUUUUUAUGAAUUUUUUGUACUUGAAUAUGUAAAAUGUAUUUGCAUGUAUGUUUGUAUGAUAUGAAUUUAUUGCACUGUAGUAA